GUGUAUUUCAAUUCUCGUCGCUUGAAUAUUCCCCACCAUGGCUCUCCUUGUCCAUCAAUUGUUCCAUUCUCAUCUUUCAAUUCAAAAAUUGCAAUUCGGUUUUGAAAAUCUUUGGAUUUGAUCUUGGUUAAUUUCAGUGUUUUUAAAACUGGACCAAUCCGGUGGUUGAACCGGAUUCGACCAUGAACCAAUUACAUAACCAGAUUGAAUAUAAUAAUUGGUUCGAUUAUGAAUCGGCGACGUAGCCGGAUUAGAUCUCAGGAUAAAAAUCAUUAAAACUAUCAAAAAUAUAUAAAUCAUUCAUAUAUUUAUAAUUUUUUUGUGUUAAAUUCUUAUAUUUUAAUUAUGUAUCAUAUUUACUAAGAAAGCCUCUGUUUUUCAAUGUUUUUAUCUAAGAAAAGUUUAUAAUUAUUAAUCAUCUUCUACCGGUGACUACUGUCUGAAAAUGUAACACCUUACUGAGAGUAUAUACUUAUAUCUAAUUUUACGUCAAAGAAAGAUCGAUUAAUCGGACAGUGAACCCGUGAGUAAAUAACAUGAUAUAUAUGUUUUUUUUGGACCGUGUUGUUGUCAUAUUAUAUGAAAGGAACACAUCAUUUAGCCAAAUCGAAUAAGACAAAGAAAGAUUAGUUGACGAAAAGAUAUAAGAUAAAGAAAGACUUGGUAGGCUACAAUACUAUUUGUUUAAGACUAAGAGACCAAAGACUCCAUAAUAAACAUUUAUUUAGACAAUUUUAGCUACAGGUUUUCAGCAACCAAAAAAAAAAAAAAUUAGCUACAGGUGUGUUUUGCCACUAUAUAAAAUUUUCACAUCAAGAUAUAAUAUAAAACCUAUUUUUAGGUAUAACCUAAUAUGAUCAAUGUAGCAGUUGGCUAGAUGAGGAUGCAAGUUGGAGAGAGAUAAAUGCAAAAGGAGAUUGAGACUCUUCUAACCAGUAAUAUAUUCCAUUGUUGGAGAUGAUAUCUUUGAGAUGCAACCCACAUUUGCUUGAGAUUUGUAUGGAUUUAGUAUCACGUAAAUAAAAAGCUCUACAGAAACACUUGUAGUAUGGAUAACGUGUAUAACGUGAGCCAAUAAUCGUUCGCAAGUAGUAACAUGUACAGAUAUUCAACUUGUACCGUUUGUUAUCCUUGUUAUUAAAAAUGACAUUUCAGCAUUCAUAUUUCAAACGUCGCAUGGUUACGUUGGUCUGUCAACUUCAUUAUUUCCACAGAAAUGGACACAUGUUCUGAUGUGCACCUACUAACCGCGUCUAGACAUUUGGCAAGAAAAUAAUCGUAAAUUAAGAACAAUUUUGGUGUGUUGACUUCAAUAGGUAACCAUAACAAACAUUAUAAAACACUUAUCCUUCUUCAUUUUUCAUGUCUUCAACACAUAUUUCAAACAUAACACAAAAUGACGAACUUCUCUCGGUCGUGGAAACAUGAUCAAGUGUUCAUCAGUUUCAGAGGUAAACCUCUAAGAAAAAAUUUUGUGAGCCAUCUAAAAGAAGAAUUAAAGAGGAGCAAAAUCAACUUUUUCAUUGACGAGGAUGAGACGAGAGGGAGACGGAUAGCAACACUCUUUGAAACAAUCAGAGAGUCAGGUGUUGCACUCAUACUCUUGUCAAACAAGUACUCCGACUCAGAGUGGUGCUUAGACGAGCUUGUAGAGAUCAAGAAGCAAAUGGAGACGGGGUAUCUUGACGCUUUUCCUGUAUUCUACGAAGUGAAAUCUGCCUCCAUCAAGAGCCAGACUGGUUGCUUCGGUAACACUCUCCUUAAAACUGAGAAUAAAGUUCGCAGAAAAGUUGAUCGUGGAAGCUACAAGUCCAUACUUGAAACAGAGGCUAGGAUUUGGGGAUGGAGGCAAGCUUUAGUCUAUAUUGGUGGAUCAUUCGGCUUUUCUCAUAAAAAAAGAAGACCGGACGGGCCUUUAAUUAUUAAUAUUGUGGUUCAACUUAAGAAAAUGUUAGAUGAAAUUUCUUAUCGAAGAAAUUAUCUUUUUAUCAUAGAGAAGUCUCUGAUGCAUCCCCAGGAGGCAUUAACGUCCUUAUUACAAGCUCUAAACAUUAAGAAGUCAGAUCUUGAAGAUCUUAUUACAAGGCCGUUCAUUCAGACCAGAGGCACUGAUCAUCUGGUUUUUCUUGACCUGAUCUCUCUUAAAAAUCCUAUCCUCGGUCAGCGGCUAAUCAAGCGUGUUCAGGAUGGAAUGAUUUUCUUGGUGUUGCUAGGUUCUGUUGACGGCUCCGUUGAGGAUGUUGAUUUCAAGCCUCGCUUGUUGUCCAGGAAACCUCGACUAUUUCCUGGUAACAAGCUUAUUGUCUCCCCUCAAGAAAUUCAAGAGCAACGCUACUUUUCACCAGUUCAAGUCAGCAAUGUGUUAGCAAUGGCAGAGAGUAAUGAAAAUACUCGGAAUCGUCUUGGUGUAGAUAAAAACUCCGAUUGUUCUUUGACCUGCUUUUCAUUGUUAUGCAACAUUAUGAAACGUUUUGAAAUGAUGAUAAACCCUCCUCCGCCUAGAGUGUUCAUCAGUUUCGGCGAGAAGCAGCUCAAAAUGAACCUAGUAAGUUCUCUGAAAACAGAAUUUGAAUCAAACGAAAUCUCGGUAUAUAUAGAAGAUGAGACAAAGGAGAGGAUCAAAGAGUCAAAGGUUGCAAUAGUUGUCUUCUCAGACAAGUACCCUGAGUCACCACAGUGUCUUGAUGAGCUCGUUGAGAUCAAGAAGCUUAUGGACGCAGGAGAGAUCACUCCCUUCCCUAUUUUCUACAAGCUGAAGGAUGUUCCUAGGCUAGCUCAAUCAGUUAAACAACUGAAGGGUUGUUUCCGUAAUAGGCUUCUCAAGAUAGAACAAGAAGUGCACAAAACCGUCAAUAGGGACAAUGUGAACUCUAUACUAGAUACCGAAGCUAGAAUCUGGGAUUGGAGACAAGCGAUCUCGUCCAUUUCCUCAAGACCAGGCUUGAGCAAUGAAAAUAGCUCUGAUCCAGUGUUCUUCACUGAUGUCGUGACCAAGGUCAAAGAACUGUUUGAAUUUAAGGCUAUACCGAAGAAGUCAAGUUCCUAUAUAAUUACUAAUCAAGUGAUUGAAGAAAAGCCUAUAAUGCAUCGACAGAAGACAGCACCAGCAAUACCAACAGUCAAAUCCCUAGAUGAUGACUUAUUCUACUCCCUACCUUCGUUCUUACAAGCUCUAGACCUUGAAAUUACUGACCUUGAGGGCUUCACCGAGAUGCACAAUGGUCUCAUAUCUCUGAGCCUAAAAAGACACACUAAUCUAGUAUGUCUGAACUUGGGUUCUCUUGAAAAGCUGGUCCAUUUCCGGUGUUCUGACUCAUUCGAAUUCCUUAGUCAGGGUUUUGGUCUGAAUCAUCCCGGUAUCAGCAGAUUUGAAGAGCCUUCCCGGGUCCUUGCAAUAGAAUCAUCUCAACCCCAACAACGGUUUGAUAACGUCUUAUCGUCUCAUCUCAAAAUCACCAAUAUCACAUAAACCAGAUUCAAAUCCAUAGCAAGUCCAAUAUGCAUACCUCGUUACAAAUAACCACUCUGUUUUCUUUUACGUCUCUUAAAAUAUAGAUGAUACUUCUAUUAACCUUAAACUUAAAUUUACAGAUUAAACAACUUCAGAAGCAAACAUGUUUUGAGAUGUGUUUGAGUUAGAGACAGGACGCUUUAUUUGGUACUUGGGCGUCACGUUAAGCCCUGUCUAGCUUUACUUCAAAUAAUCAAGAUGUACGAUCCGAUUCAAAUAGUUUUGUCUCGUGAAGCUUUGUCAUUUAUUCAAUAAAGUCCACCCCAUUUCAUAAAACGUUUACUUAUGUAUUUAUAAAAGAAAAAUAAAACGUUUUCAUCUUCACAUGAGCCUUCUCCUGGAGUAGCAACGUUGGAGCUUCACUUCAUCAAUGGGAAUAGAACUUUCAGGGAAGUUACACGGCACAACCGUCCCCGGCUGCUUCUCCGGCAACAACUGACACGGCUCCGGAGUCACACCGCUCGUGUAACCAGACACGUCAG